AUGCGGUCAUCCAGAGUCGAGGCUAAUCCAAUAGCCUUAUCACAAGCUGCAGCCCUUGAUGAUGAACGGAAAGACAAAGGCGACCGCGGGCCAUUGCACGGAAUACCAUCAUUGUUGAAAGAUAGCGUUGUUACGCUGCACGAAGAAGGAAUGGACACGAUCGCAGGUUCCUACGCCCUGCUGGCUUCUGUCGUUCCUUGGCAUCCCGGACUAGUCCCAGACUACAUGAAAGCUCGACACAAACGCCCUCAAAGGCGCUCGUUCUGGAAUGCCUCGUUCUUCAUCUGCGAUAUCAAGAUAAUCGAAGAGGCGUUCAACUCAUCUCUUGACAUCGUCCGAGCUUUGGGCGCGAAAAUCGUCGACCCCACAGAUUUCUUGGAUACAGAAGAAUUAUCGACAUCAAAGGCGGAGAAGCGGCUACUGGACGUGGACCUACCCUUUAACAAGCGCCUAUCGGAACUUGUCGACGUUCCGACGGGCAUCAAGACUCUCGCUGCCCUGAUAGAAUUCAACGAGAAACGCAAUAUGUUUUUACGAAGGAUAUUUAAACGGAAGCCGUGA